GCCGCCCGACCCCAUACUCUGUCCCGUCUGUGGUGGCUAGAAAUCGCCCAACAGGGGAAUUUCCUAUUUCUCCCCUUCUUCUCUCCCUCUUUUUUUCUGGAUACUCUUUCUCGUCAGGUUAAAUGCCCGACAUGCUUCGCAAGAAAGAGGCGUUUACGCUGGUGACGCCAAUCCCGGGCUUCAUCCCGCGGCAGCUGGCCAUCGACAUUCUCCAUUCCCACAGCGAAGUCAUCACGCUCAACCCGCUUGUGCUCGGCCACAAGCCCAUCCCAGCGCCUCGUAAUGCCGCCGCCGACGAGUUUUACAGCACCUGGUACGAAAUCGAGGAGCGCAUCCAGGUUGUCCCUGGAAUGGGCAAGAUCGGCGCCGGCAAGAUCAAGUUCAAUGGCUGCUUUCACGACAUGCCUUGGGGCCUGCAGACUCACAUCUACGCGCCCAUGAACAUCGACCUGCGCAACAAGUAUCGCAUCUGUGGCAACCAGCCCGGAGUCGAGCCGCCGGAGACUCGCGAGAUCGGCCUGGAAAGCCUAGGAGCCCCCGCCGACGGCCUCUACCUCCGCGAGGACAUCGAGUUCAAGUGCAACAUUGCCAUGGUUUCCUUUGUCAAAUCCCAGCUCAAGGCUGCCAACCGCGAGAUGGUUCAGCGCAUUAUCAAAAAGGCCGAGCUCCUUGAUGCUGGUGUUCUUCAAGCCAUGAUGGAGGACGGCAAACUCAAGACAGUCAACCCCAAUGAUCGCUCUGUCACGCCCGCAGUUGGCUCAAUGCAAGAUCCUAGAAGACGAUCUUCCUACGCACAAAGUCCACAGUAUGGACAGCAAAGCCCGCAGCUUGCGCAAGCGUCUCAGAUGCCACCAAGCUACUCUCCAGGGUACCCCCAGCACGCUUAUCCUGCUCCCUCCCAGACGCCGCAGCUGCAGGAUCCGCGCCAAUCUGUGUACCAGCAGCAACCCCAGCAGAGCAUGUAUGCGUCGCCUCCAAUUCCACCCAAGGAACAAAUGGUUAUCAUGGAGCUUCCAGGCGACUUCCCUCCCCAAGCUUCUCCUGGUCUCUAUUCAUCCCCACUGCCCAGCCCGGGAUAUCGCCCAGCCUCGGGAUCGUCAAAUGAUCCUCGAUGGUCACAAGCCCAGCCAAGUCCAGGGUUGGUCAAUCCUCUCAGGUUGAGCACCGUGAGCCAACUUUCUACAAGCAGCGCAGGCCAACCCCAUGGCUUUGUAAGCGAGCUCUCGACACACAAUGAAAAAUCAGAGUACUAGAUGCAUUGUGCUGCUCUUCCGCAUUUUUUUUUUCUCUUCUAUUUUGACGAAGACGAUAUAAAAGUUUCAUACAUACCAACGGUAAAUGAAAAAGAAAAAUGCCACAAUGAUCGGACAUGAUAUUUGCCAGAGAUGCAAGAGGAGCUCGUUAAUACCGAAGAUGACGGGGAAGCUGGGACGCAAUCUUUUAGUCGAUCGAUGCACAGUGGCGUAUCUUUUAAUUUCUUUUGUAUUAUUCUUGUG